UCACUUCUGCAGUUCCUGUUUUCAGUGCUCUGAUAAAUCGAAUAAUGAUGAAAAGUACAUUGUGCGAGGAUACUACAAAUGCAAUUUCCACGCCGAUAUUCUGAAAGUUGCUCGCCAUGAAGCAGGCUCAUCAUUUAAAUUGAAUUGUGUUGGUGGCGGAAGAAUAAAGCACGAAAACGAUGAAAGGCGGAUCCUUGUAUACGGAUAUUCCCAGGUAAUCCAUCUUUAUUCAGUUGCCUAUUGCUUCAUUAGUCAUAUUUCUUGCUCAGAGUUAAAAGUUACUUGUAUACUUAGAUGA